AUGGUUGAACGUAGAUAUGGCGGCAGACGUGGCAAUGCUCGUGGCGGCAAUCGUGGUGGGGAACUUGGAGAUCUCCCAAACGAAGAGGCUGCACGACAGCGUGAUCUGCGCGACAUCGAGAACGGUGAUUUGAGACGACAGGUUCGAGACCUCCAGCGCGACAUCGAGAACGGGGGAAACCGCCUCCUAGGAUUCAUGUUUGGUAAUGUCGAUGGAGAAGUUGAAAGGGAGAAAGAUCCUUCAGAGGAGGAAGAUGAUGAAGAAUUCAUGAAACGGGAGAAGAAAACCAAAGUGGAGAAGUUUUCAUUGGUUGACCAUUCGAAAAUUGAUUAUCCUUCGCUCCGUAAGAAUUUCUACAAUGAAGUGAAGGAAAUUUCAAAAAUGACUUAUGAAAAGGUUGCUGCACAUGGGAAACAACUUGAAUUGAAGGCACAUGGAAAGGACAUACCUACACCAAUCAAAGCCUGGCACCACAGAGAAUUGGCUACUAAAAUUUUGGGUACUAUUAAGAAGCUCAAUUACGAGAAGCCCAUGUCGACUCAACAAGCUUGUGCCUUGCCCAAUUAUUGGCAAAUGUGGAACGUGAUGAUGGAGAGAAAGUAG